GGACGGCUAUUGUUCACUAGCCGUUGGAUUUAAAAAUUUGUAGAGCGGACACAUAUAUUCGCUCUUUGGGUCCUAAUCUCGCUCAUACAGUUCGUGCAUUUCCUCUCUUUGUUUUUUUCGGGGGGGAUAAACCCCAAAAGCCUGAAGAACGACAAAGACUCAGAGAAGAGAGUGAGAGUGAGAGAGAGAGAGAGAGAGAGAGAGAUCGCUCGGGGUUUUGAUGGAGUUUUUCUGAAGAUUGUUUGUUUGGCGUUUCAAGAAAGAUCGUGUCAGGGGCUCAAAGGAGUAUUUUAGUUUGGGAUUUUUUGUUUGUUUGAUUGGAAUCGAGAAAUGGCUGGAUCAGACGAGAACAAUCCGGGCGGGAUCGGACUCACAAAUUUUCAGGAAGGUGGAUUUCGUGCUGGUGGUGGAAAAGUGGGUUUGCGGAUUGGACACAACCGGAGAGCACUGAGCAACAUUAACAAGAAUAUAGUAGGAGCUCCUCCUUACCCUUAUGCGGUCAACAAAAAUGUUUUUUCUGAAAAACAUGCAGAUUGCAGUAAGAAACCACCGAUUCCUGGACAUCGACCAAUUACUAGGAAGUAUGCUGCCCAGAUGUCAAAUACGCAGCAACCUAUAUCAGAGGAAACUGAGAAACCAGUCCAGUUGGUCCCAAAUCCUAGUGAGUCUGAAGACUGUACCAUCAUAGAUGUGGAAGACUACAAGGCGACUAGUGAUGUGCCAAUGUUUGUGCAACACACAGAAGCAAUGCUGGAGGAGAUUUAUCGAAUGGAGGUGGAAAUGGAAGACAUAGCUGAAGAACCAGUUCUUGACAUAGACAGCUGCGAUAAGAAGAACCAGCUUGCAGUUGUUGAGUAUAUUGAUGAUUUAUAUACUUACUACAAGCAGGCAGAGAGUUCUAGCUGUCCCCAACUAAAUUACAUGGCACAGCAAUCUGAUAUUAACGAGAGGAUGAGAGCCAUUCUCAUUGAUUGGCUGAUUGAGGUGCACUACAAGUUUGAACUGAUGGACGAGACCUUAUAUCUUACUGUAAACCUGAUUGAUAGAUUCUUAGCUGCUCAACCAGUGGUGAGGAAGAAACUCCAGCUGGUUGGAGUAACAGCGAUGCUUCUCGCCUGCAAAUAUGAAGAAGUUUCAGUUCCUGUUGUGGAGGAUUUCAUUGUGAUUUCUGACAGGGCUUACAGCAGAAAAGAAGUGCUUGAUAUGGAGAAGCUUAUUGUCAAUGCCCUACAGUUCAACCUCUCAGUUCCCACAGCAUAUGUGUUUAUGAGGAGGUUUCUCAAAGCUGCUCAAGCUGGCAAGAAGCUCGAGCUGCUCUCGUUCUUCCUGAUCGAAAUGUGCCUGGUUGAGUAUGAGAUGGUUAAGUUUCCACCUUCUUUGUUGGCUGCUGCCGCAAUAUUUACAGCUGAAUGUACCCUCGGUGGCUUUAAGCAGUGGAGUAAAACCUGUGAGUGGUACACCAACUACUCGGAGGAGCAACUAUUGGAAUGCUCAAGGAUGAUGGUUCAUUUCCAUCAGAAAUCUGGCACAGGGAAGCUCACUGGUGUUCACCGGAAGUAUAAUACUUCUAAGUAUGGUUAUGCUGCAAAAACUGAUCCUGCUAACUUUCUCUUGGGAACCAAAUGAUCAGGGGCAAAGAAACAGAUGAUGAUGCAUCAAACACAAGACUAACUUUUACUACACUUGGGGGUUGGUUGGGGUGUGCAAAUUGAGCAACAUAAGUUGCCCCUGGGUUCUUGAAAAUAUUCUAGUUUGGUAUUCCAAAAUUUGGUCUUUUAUUCUAUGUUUUGUAGUUUGAACAUAGGAGGGAUUUCCACCCUUUUUUUUUCUUUUUUCUUUUUUCUUUUGUAGAGGAAAAUAAUCUCAGUUCUUCCUGAAAUAUUGUCCUCUUAUGAAUGAAUGAUAAAGUGUCAAUGUUCAUUUUUGUUUGUUUUGUUAUAUCAAAUUGAGGUGAAUUUGUCCAA